UUAAUCCAUUCUGCAGGAAAAAAGAAAAGUUCUGAUUGUGAACUUACUGGUAUUGUCUAGCCAGUAUAAAUAGAAGCAUACCCAGAGAAGGCACAGGAUGGAAAACUCAUGAUGAAUCGUUAGGGCACGUUGAAUUGGUUCUGUCAAUGCCUGCAGUCAGAUGAUUUCACUGGCUGUACAGGAUGAAAUCUCAUAUUUCAAUGUAUAAGUAAAAGUGCCAAAGUUCAGCUGAAGCAGGGACGAUUACAGAGCAAAUUUUGUGUGUAUUUGUAACUAGGGCUCCAGAGCAAUAGAGGAAGCAAAAAUGAGCCGGAAAAACAAGAGGAGUUUAAAGGAGAAAUUUGCCUUGAAGAACAGCUUGGUCAAAGAAGCCCUCUCAGAAUUCCUGGGAACUUUUAUAUUGAUAGCACUCGGAUGUGGGUGCGUGGGGCAGGCUGUCCUCAGCCGAGGAACCUAUGGUGGGCCCAUGACAGUAUCUGUUGGAUUUGCAGUGGCAGUCGUCCUAGCACUGUAUGUGUCUGGGGGGGUUUCUGGUGGUCACAUAAACCCAGCAGUUUCAUUAGCCAUGUGCGUGACUGGAAGAUUAAAAUGGACCAAAUUACCAAUUUACAUAUUAGCACAAUUCCUGGGAGCAUUUGUUGGAGCAGCGGCUGUCUUUGGGAUUUAUUAUGAUGCCUUUAUGGAUUAUAGCAAUGGAACACUUGAAGUCACAGGACCUAACGCAACAGCACAUAUCUUUGCAACAUACCCAGCUCCGUAUCUGUCCCUCAUAAAUGGAUUUGCAGAUCAGGUGAUGUCAACAGCUGUUCUUCUUCUGGCUGUAUUUGCUAUUUUUGACACGAAAAAUAAUGGAGUACCAAAGGGCCUGGAGCCAAUUGCAGUAGGACUUCUUAUAAUUGUACUUACCUGCUCCUUGGGAAUGAACAGCGGCUGUGCCAUGAACCCAGCCAGGGACCUAGGCCCAAGGCUCUUCACAGCGGUUGCAGGAUGGGGAAUGGAAGUAUUCACCUACAGCCAAGUUCAAGGGACUGAUAUGACAGGAAUACUCCCGCACCCUCCAGCGCAGACCCAGGUAGGGCUUCAGGAGGAAACCUGAGCUUUGUUAGACAGCUGGAAGCUUUGGACCAGUUACAGGCCAGGGUAAAGGCUGCACGACUGCAGCUGGGUACCGCACCUCCCGGCCCUCGCUGGGAAGCAGCCGGUGCUGGGGUUAAGUGCGCAUGGCAGACUGAAGUGAUGCAGCAGGAGGAACAGCUAAGCUUUGGGUGUUUCAUCUGCUUAAGCUCUCUAGUAAAAGGCAUAGCCAGGAAUUGGGACCUAAGUGUGAACUCUCCUCAGCGACACAGGGGCAGCGCUGCCCAGGCCAAGCAGUAGGAAAUACUGAAGAGACAUUAAGCAUCGGAGUGAGGAUGGGAAGCAUCUCAGAGGGCUUCCAAGUCACUGUGCCCAUGUGAGCGCUGUGUACAGCGUGGGCAGGGACCCAGGAAAGCUUCGCUUCAGAAUAUUCUCUGUGCACCCAAAAGAUGCAAGAUCUGGCUUCAGAUUAGAUAUAGAAGGAUGAGACUCUUUAACUCCCUCAUCCCAAGCAAAUGCUUUAACCACAGAGAUAAUCAGUUCAGAGUGGGAAAAUCCCCUUCUCUACCUCUUCUUUGUGCUUGCAGGCCCUGCAAGAUCUGAUUUUACUGUGUUCUCAGGUAGGGAGCUGCCAGCAGGCUGGAGGGAAGUUUUACCACUGGCCCAUGGAGUCACCCCGAGGACUGGGAGGGAACUGAGCAGAGGUUUUCUCAAUGCUGACGUUGUUAUGUGUUGCACAAGGACACCUGAAGGAGUGGUCUCCCUGGGAAUCUAGCCUAGGUAUAGACAGAUGAUAGCAUGAUUUCCUGAGCCACUGGAAUCAGAUAUAUUUUGGUUAAGGCUCCUGUUUGAAGUUGUUCUAACCUAUUAUAAUUGAAAAAGGAAAGUUGUCUCUGUAGCACCCUCUAGAUAUCACCAUUCUGCACAUAAUAUAUUUAGUCAAUUGUGGCCAGCUCCUGCAAACUGCUCCUCAGGGAGUGGGGAGUAGGUGUCACUGAAGUCAACUCUCCCCGUCACUAGAGAUAGUUGCAGCCUUUUGAGACUUUAAAGGUUUCCAGUGUUUUGUCCUAUAACCAUGGAGAUAACCGGAAGUCUCUCUUUAAGUAUAUGCUUAAUAUCUUAAUACGCUUAAGAAAAAUUUGGGCUUACACAAUUUUGGCUGUAGCGAGAGAACAGCCAGAGCGUCGGGUACAAACACCCAAGUGGGGAUUUGACAAGCAAGCAACAUCGCAAAGCAUGAGAAAAAGCAGCGCAGAGGUGAGAAAGCUCUACGCAUUCACACUGUACAUUGGGAUUUGAGACUAGCCAUCGAAGAGCUCACCCCUCUGGCUGUGGUACGUCCCUUUUUCACUUUUUUGCUGGCACGAGGUCUGUGGGGCAAGGCCAGGUGUAAGGCACUGGUUACCACACCGGCCGGCGCCUCCUCGGCUGCUGCGGCCGUGCAGUAACGCUGACACCUCGUGGCCGCUGCCGUGGGCCCCUUGCCGGCAGCGGGGCUAAGGUAAGCGGAGCUUUGGAAACGGUCAGGAGACGCACGUCUCGUCUGCACAGGCAUUUGUAUAGCCAGGUAGCUUCUGAAAGGUUUUGCAUUCUUUCCAAAGGGUAAAGCAGCAGCUGGACACUGUCUAUGUUUCCAAAUGCCUGAAUUAUGUUGUAAUCUCACUAUCCCGCAGCUGUUGGCAAGGUGGGAAAUGAAUUUGAAAGUCUGUAAUGGGCCAAAGUUUCCAGCCCAUAUAGCUUAUAUGCCAUAGUCAGAGCUGAAUUUUCCUGGAAGUUUUUGGAGUUCUCAGAGCGCUGCUGGCCCGGCCGCUGUGCCUUCGCCCCCCAACCUGCUCCCUCGCCCGGCUGUGCUGCCAUGUG